AAUCACAGAAACACAACCGACCAUUUUAAGAGCUGAAGAGCUCAACUUCUCAGCAAGUGUUCACAAAUCUCCUUUUGAAUCCCAACGCCCACGCUACUCUUCCCGCCAAAACAGAUGCCCUAUUAUCCUGUACUUCGCCACCACCAACUUCCCGUAAUCACUCUUCUUGCACUUCCAAAAACCCAGUUCAAAAUCCCCUCUUUCACCCACCAAUUCCCACCACGCCUAUUUGUUCCUCAUUUUCUCACAAAAAAUCCAUCUGGGUAUCCAAAAUGCUCUCUGGGUUCUUCGAGUUUGAACCCGCCGGAUGGCCCUUCACCUGAAGACGAUGAUUUUGAGGUCGAAUUGGGCCGCCUUUUGGCGUUAUUGCCAGAAGAAAUGCGACGGAGGGUUGUCGAGCACCCGGAGCUUCAUCAGUUGAUUGAAGUGGUUAUGGAUUUGGGUAGAAAGCCGCUGGCUCGGUUUCCUUCUGGAGACUUUGUUUUGUCGGAUUUGCCAAUCACUGCCGAGGAUCUUGAGCAUGCUACUUCUCAGGUUGGUGAUUUUGUGAUUGACAAUCGAGCAGGCAUCAGUAGGACAUUACACCGCAUUAGUGGCAUAAGGAAUCGGAAAGGUGCAAUUAUUGGUUUAACUUGUCGAGUUGGUCGAGCAAUAUCCGGUAGUGCUAAUUUGCUGCGAGAUUUGGUGCAAGACGGGGCUUCCUUGUUGCUCAUAGGGCCUCCAGGUGUGGGAAAAACCACGAUUAUUAGGGAAAUAGCACGAAUGCUUGCAAAUGAUUACAAGAAACGUGUGAUGAUUGUUGACACCUCCAAUGAGAUAGGUGGGGAUGGCGAUAUACCUCAUGCAGGAAUAGGAAAUGCACGCCGAAUGCAAGUCCCCAACUCUGAAGUGCAGCAUAAGGUAUUGAUAGAAGCAGUUGAAAAUCAUAUGCCUCAAGUAAUUGUAAUAGAUGAAAUUGGCACAAAACUUGAAGCAAUGGCAGCAAGUACAAUAGCACAACGUGGGAUUCAGCUGGUUGCGACUGCUCAUGGUAUAACAAUUGAGAAUUUGACAAUGAAUCCUGCAUUAGAGAUGCUUGUUGGAGGAAUACAGAGUGUGACACUAGGGGAUGAAGAGGCAAGUCGAAGGGGUGUCCAGAAGACAGUUUUGGAGAGGAAAGGACCUGCAACAUUUAGCUGUGGGGUGGAGAUAGUUUCAAAGACUGAAUUGCGAGUUCAUCGUAGCCUAGAGACAACAGUGGAUGCAAUUCUCUCAGGUCGUAUUCCAAAUGUUGAAGUUCGCAGGAUGAAUUAUCAUGAAAUUACAGAAACAACGGAAAAGGAACCUUUUAUUCACACUUCCUCUGACAAGAAAAAUGAGAUUAUGUUUGAAGAUGCCCCAGAGAUGACCAAUGGAAGAACUGUCCAUGAUGCUUUUACUUCUGAAGUCCCUGCAAAUGUGGGAGAGGAUCAUUGGGAAGAAACAGUGUCCAUUCGCCUAUUUGUUUAUGGGAUCCUGGAGGCAACUGUGAUUCAAGUGAUUAAACAGUUGAGAAUGAAUGAUGCUGCCAUUUGGUUAACUGAUAAUAUCAGCGAGGCAGAUGCACUACUUGCCUUGCAAUCCAAGCUUAAGAAGAAUUCCCGGAUUCAAGCUGCUGCAAAAUCUCAUGACAUACCCAUUUACGUGACUAAGACAAGCUCGUUGGUUCAAAUAACAAAGGCCAUACGGGCAUUAAUGAGUGAUCUGAAAGAUGGUUUGAAGGGAUUUGAACCAGCUGAUGAGAUGAAAUCUUCGGAGAAGCUUGAUGCCUUAGAGGAGGCAAGAAUAGCCAUUGAGCAGAUAGUCAUCCGAAAAGGAGAACCGGUGGAGCUACUCCCGAGGCCAUCAAAUAUUAUGGUUCUUCAGAUGGACCUUAUUCGAAAGUACCAACUAGAAGCAGAGAGAAUUGGUUCAGAUUCAGAUAUACAUCUCCGAAUCCUUCCCUUCCAUACCAGGAUGGGUGAAGAAGAUGGGAAAGCCAGUGAGACUCAGAGUGAUGAUGGAGGAUUUGAUGACUUUGUCAGUGCCAAUGGUGACACAAAUGGUUCAGUUUGCAGCGUGGACAGAUUACCACUAUUGCCUGAAUAAAAUGUUGUAUAUAGAUCAUUGCUACUGAUCAUCAUUGUAAUUUGUAUGGCACCCAUAAUCACUUUUUUACUUGUCGUGGUUACAUGGAAACAUCUUUGAACAUUGCUGGCCGCAUGGAUGAUUAAAAAUGUUAAGUUGAAGUA